AUGGGCUCGGGCAUCUGCGACAAGUUUUGUGGCCGUGGCAAUGCCUGCUGCCGCAAGGGGGCCAUCAACGAUCCCCACGAGUGUGCGCACGUCACGGACUUCUGGACCAGCCACCACGAGUGUGUCCAGCCAGUGGUCAAGGUCAAAGCAAACCACUACGCCCAGGAUUGUUGGGAUCGAUGCAAGAUCGGGGGCGAUUGCGCCUGGUGCGGUUUCGGCCAAGCCUGCUGUCGCAAGAAUAGCACGCUGGAUCCGCCGGAAUGUAAAGGCGUGGUCGACUGGCCCACAGAUCGUCAUCACACCUGCAUCACGCCAGUGCAUGAUGUUCCGGUCAAGCACGAAGGGCAGGAUUGCUAUGACUACUGCGAAGGCAACGGUCGAUGCAAUUGGUGUGGUCGGGGGAUGGCCUGCUGCAAAUACGGGGACAUCUACACCACCGACGAGUGCCGAGCCGUGGUCUACUUCUCCUCAAGGGAGCACCACGUCUGUGUGAAGCCGAGCUUCAAAGAUCCAGCCUCCCUUCCGGAGCCAAUUGGGAAGAGUCCGGACAAGCUGCCAUCAGAGUGUCCGCAAGGCUACUCCCCUGGGCCGAUGGGCUGCGAGCUGGAUGAUGGCCCACGUCUGCAGACUUUCUAUGUCUACAGGGCCUUGAAGGAGGAAGACAAUCUCACCUCCAACUUCGAUGCCAUGAGCAUGAGUGGCAUUCUGUACCAUGUUCAAACUGCUGUUCUCGGCUGCCCUCGCACCGGCGAGAUCAGCAGGAUCAAGCGCCUCAAGGUGACCAUGAAGAACACCCCUGAAGCAUACAGGACCUUCAAGACGCAGUUCGCGCCGCUGCUGGCUUACAGGAAUGAGCAGUGCAUCUCGCCCAGCUGUCAGCAGAGCUUCCAAUCGAGAGGCUAUGCCGUUGGCUGCCUCGUACAAGAGAGAGGGCAGCCAUGCUACCUGAAGGAAGACUGCUCCAGCGACUCAUUGCACUACUCCUUCCCGGGCCCCUGCCCGCUCAGUGCUGCCGGGGCAAAGACGGAAGAGUGCCUUGCGCAGUACCCUGGCGGGCUGUGCGACGAGCCGAACGGCACACACAACUGCACCUUCCAUGUCGAGGAUGCAGGGACUGUCACGCUGGAUGAGCUGAGCGGGCGAAAUACAUCGCAAAGCCUCCAAGACUGGUGCGCCGCCGGUAACUUGGAGUGGGAUCCGGCCAGGGACCGGGGA